AUGGCUUCGACUUCCUCCUCCUCAACAACGCCGCGCUAUGCCAUCACUGCUGUCGAUAAGCAGCGCUCAGCGCUUGACAAGCUGCUCAAAGAUCCGCAAAAACCUGCAUUCAUCCCUACCCCUCCACAAGACAAGACGAUUCGCCCGGCCCGUGAAAUGAUGAAGAACGUUCAGGGCUCUAGUGCUGGUGCGGGUAGCGGCGAGUUCCAUGUGUACAAGGCGAGCAGGAGGAGAGAAUACGAGCGUAUAAAGCUCAUCGAAGAGACGGCCCAAAAGGAAACCGAUACUGCCGAGUUUGAGCGGAAACGGAAGGAGGCGGAAGCGCUCGCAGAAUCAAAAACUGCAAAGAAUAGGGCUAAGCGCCAGAAGAAGAAGGAGCGGGCGAAGGGGAAGGGAGAGAGCAACAAUAACAAGUCAACGUCGGAGGCACCUUUAAAGAAGCGGAGGCUGGUCAAUGGACAAGAACUGGUAUUUCGUAAACCUGGCGAAGGCAGCGAUAGUGAGGGCGAUGAGGAAGUUGGGCCGCAAGCUCCCGUUGAAGAGAAGGAAACUGUUGCUCCGCUUGAGGGCCCAGAGAUUGUCGACACUGCACCACGAAUCGUUUUCCACGACGAUGAUUGA